AGAUGAAACUCCCUCGACUUUGAUUAACGCUUUCCUGCUUGAGUAAUCGUGUCACAGUCUGCAGUUGGUUCGUCAGUGUCAAUGCAACGAUUACCACGUACACACUGCGAAGUUCCCGAUUUUAUCUGUGAGUUGGUUGAAAAAUCAUUUAUCGUCCAAAGUUCGGUUUUCAUUCUCCGAUUAGAGUUAGCGCUUGUCGAUGUUUUUGGCAUGAAGGAAUGCCUUAUAAUCACUCUAUCAUAAAUUUAUUGAGUGUCAACCUUCUCUAGAAGGCGAUCCGUGAACUGAUUGGUGAGCGCAUUAAGCGAGUUCACAUUAUCAAAAUGCUUUGAUGAAUUAAAUUUCUCAGCUAAUAAGCGGCCACUCAGUGAAUAGUAACAAUGGUUUCCAAGAUGCUAGUGAGGAGAUUCAAAGAUCUAGCGAGGGACAUAACUUCAAUGAAGCCGUAUGCAAAUACUGCAGGUUGCUCGGUUGAGCAUAUUAAUCAAAGAGGAAAAUUAACGUGGGAGCAGGCAACGCCAUACGAUAGUAUACCCGGACCUAAAUCCCUACCGAUUCUUGGAACCAUGAUUAAAUUCAUGCCCUUCAUUGGUGAUUAUGCAAAUUUAUCUGCAUUCGACCAAAUGUUGAUGCUAAAGAAACAGUACGGAGAUGUUGUUAAAUUGGAGGGCAUACCUGGUCGACGAGCUUGCAUAUUUUUAUUCAAUGCUGAGGACUGUGAAAAAAUGUACCGAGUGGAAGGUGCACGACCGAUGCGAGUAGCAAUUCAAACUAUGACGAAAUAUCGUCAGCGGAAUUCUCAUCUCUACAAAGGCAAAUACGGGCUGGUAGCAAGCCAAGGUGAGGCUUGGUACAACUUUCGCAAGAAUGUCAACCAGCAUAUGAUGUCGCCGAGGAGCAUCAAACCCCACGUGGUGCAAGUCGACGAAGUUGCCAGUGACUUUAUCACGAGAAUACGAAAACUCCGAGAUGUAAAAACUUUGAAACUGCCUACCACGUUCAACAACGAGAUGAAUAAGUGGGCUCUCGAGUCGAUUUGCGUAAUAGCCUUGGAUGAGCGGCUCGGCUGUUUAAACGAUAAUCUCGCGUCAGACUCGGAUCCUCAAAGAAUGAUAAAUGCAAUUCACAAGAUGUUCGCCUUAUUUUAUCAACUCGAAGUUCUCCCCUCCCUGUGGCGAGUCUUUGAGACAAGAAAAUUAAAAAAAUUAUUCGGUGUGCUGGAUUUGAUAAAUGAAAUUGCCAGCAAACACAUUGACAAAGCGCAAAUAAGAUUUUCCAAAUGGCCAAAGGGAGCUGACGAGCGUAGCGUCCUGGAGAGUCUAUUGAGCAUUGACGAACAAACGGCAUACAUAAUGGCACUUGAUAUGUUCACAGCAGGAGUCGAUACGACCGGCAAUGCUGCAGGAACAGUGGUGUACCACAUAGCAAUAAAUUCACGUGUGCAAGAAAAAUUACGCGAGGAAGUGGAAAAUGUGCUCCCUGAGAAAACAUCACCAAUGACAUAUGACGUUUUGAAUAAAAUACCUUACCUGAAAGCUUGCAUCAAAGAAGCACUUCGAUUAACUCCUAUCGCAAUUGGUAAUCUCCGAACUAUGCAAAAGGACACUGUCAUUGGUGGAUAUCGAAUUCCCAAUGGGUGUGAUUUAAUAGCCUCUCAUAGUGUACUAGCUGUAAGCCCUGAGCACUUCUCUCAACCCCAUGAGUUUAUCCCCGAAAGGUGGUUAAGGGAGAACACAUUGGCUUCGAUAAAAUCAGCUAAAGAGGCGCAUCCAUUCGCAUACAUGCCUUUCGGCUUUGGGCCUCGCACGUGUAUUGGCAGGCGAUUUUCCGAAAUGGAAAUUGAAAUCCUCGUACUACGAUUGUUGAAAAACUUUUCGAUAGAAUGGCCCAAUCCUCCGAUUCAGAUAAAUAGCGGAUUUAUUAAUACCAUAGCCUCACCCUUGCAGUUUAAACUGACAGAUAUUUGAAUGGACUCGAUCAAGCUUCGUACCUCAAAUCACAUAUU